AUGCAAAAGAACAAUGAUGCCAAGUUGAACAAUCGACCAAGCGGUUUUGGUACCCCAACGCCUCAAUUAGGGCAGAAUUCUGUCACUGUAAAUCCUCCCUUCGUUAACCAAUCUCGACAACCUCAUACACAUCCACCACAACAAUUGAAUCAAUAUACAAUUUAUCCACAACCACCACCACCUUCGGGCCAAAACCAAAAUAUACAGCCUCCAUCUUCAAAUCGACCUCAUAAUGCCAAUGGACAAUCCUGGGUGAUUAACAAUCAAACACAACAAAGGCCUCCACUACCACAACAAUAUCAACCACCACAAUCACAGCCGCAAACAUACGACAAUCAUAGCCGAUCACCUGACAGAGUAAGAUCACCGAACGACAGUAGCAACAGCAACAACAAUACUAAGUAUCAAGGUUAUAACAAUGUUCUAGCAACUGAAUAUGAAGAACAACAAGAGUAUCCUACGCAAGAAGCACAUAACAUUAACAACAAUAAUAAUAGUAUAAAAGAAAAAACUGCUAAUACUGUUGUCGCUUCUCAAAAAGAGAUAUCGACACCACGAUUCGCUACAUCGAAUCGUGGUCAACUGCUGUUGACUGUCUACAUCGAGUUUGGUGAUGACAGAAAUCAUGCGAUCGAAGUGCACAUAAAUGAUGAGCCAGAAAGGUUAGCGCAAGAAUUUUGCCGAAUGCACAAUGCUACUAAUCCUGACGUAUUGCCAGCAUUGGUGAAUCUGAUGUCGGAAGAGAAACGAAAAAGAUUGGGGUGUUAA